UGUCUUAACAAAAAGAAAAGAAAAAUCAUAUUUACGAAGAUAAACGAUAAUUUCUUUUCAUUUCAAAACAUAAUUUGGACAAAAGCAAAGCGAAACUUGAAGACUUUGUGUGUUUUCUGAAUACAAUUCUCAACCUUACGGUUUCUGUGCCUAUUUAUACUAACACACUAACUAGGGCAAAACCCUAACAAUGUUCUAAUAUUUUGAAACUACCCUUCAUCGUUUCAUCGGUGUCUCCGCCAUUUCUAUCUCCCAAGAACAACAUUGAAUCUUCUUCUGCUUCUUCGAAAUUCCUAAGCCUUAAAUUUUGGUAAUUUUUAUCUCGAAAGACAUGAUUUUUUCCAUUGCAACAAGCUCUGUUUUGAACCUGAAGCUAUAUCAUCAUCAUCAUAGUAACCUCAACAGAAACAGAGUAUCAGCAUCUGUCCAGAUGAUAAACUCGGAGAAUCACAAAAACCCAAGAAAGUGCGAGUGUUUUGAUCUCUACGAUCAAUUGGUUCCAUACAAGAAAGCUUGGUCAUGGCAAAAAAGCAUUGUCAAUGAGAAAAAAGCUCUGAUUGAUAGAAACCAAGAGUGCCCAGAUACAGUGAUUUUACUACAGCAUCCACCAGUUUACACAAUGGGAACGGGAAGUUCAGAGGAUUAUCUCAAUUUUGAUGUAAAGGAUGCUCCUUUUGAUAUUUAUCGAACUGAACGUGGUGGUGAAGUCACUUACCAUGGUCCUGGUCAGUUAGUUAUGUAUCCUAUAAUCAAUCUCCGGAAUCACAAGAUGGAUCUUCAUUGGUACCUAAGGAAGCUUGAGGAAGUAGUCAUUCGUGUUCUUUCCUCUGCUUUCUCCAUCAAAGCUUCUCGUCUUGACGGUUUCACUGGAGUUUGGGUUGGCAAUAAGAAAGUGGCGGCGAUAGGUAUCCGUGUGUCGAAAUGGAUGACAUAUCAUGGUCUAGCUCUUAAUGUCACAACAGAUUUAACACCGUUUAACUCAAUAGUUCCAUGUGGGAUAAGAAACCGUGGGGUUGGAAGUGUAAAGGGUUUGAUUGAGGUUGGAGAACACGUAAAUCAGGACAUGUGUUAUACUAAGCUUGACGAUUUGGAGUUGUUAGAUGUAGCUCAUGAGUCGUUACUAAAGGAAUUCUCUGAAGUUUUCCAGCUCCAAAUUGAAAAGCAAACUGGAAAGCUAAUGGAUUUGUGUCAAUGAUUUGUACUCAGCCAACAAGUGAUUUAUGAGAUGGUGGUUAUGAAGGAGACUUUUUUGUGGACCAGUGCUAAUAG